UCUUCUGACAUAUACACACGCACACUCACCCCGACGCACACUCAGCCCACUUUUCCUCCAUCUGAUUAACAGUCUUCUACACACAAUGAUUACGGGAAAGCGUAAAUAAAUACGGAAAGGGGUGAUUAUUUUGACUACUGGAAGAGCUUUGCUGGGUCUCAGCGCAACUUUUGUUUUUAUUACUGAGAAGGUGAUCUCUCCAUGCAUUUCUCUCACACAAGGAUUCUUUAAAAGGCGAAGAGAGACAGAGAAAGGGGGGGAGAAUAAUCUUUCACUUUAAGACCGGCUGGGCUCAAAGAUAAAAGCAAGGGGAAAGCGGCAGCAGCGGGGAAGCCACCGCUGCAGCACGUCGGAAAGACACUUUUGACGUUUCUGAGCGCUGCGGCCCAUUUCUCCACCGAAGUUGGCUCCAGCUCUAGCAGCCGCAUUGGAUCCCACAGCUUACUGCGAGACUCCGGUAUACAAUCCGGAUCUCUGCCCCAACAUGAUCGCGGCCCAGGCCAAGCUGGUCUACCAUCUGAAUAAGUACUACAAUGAAAAAUGCCAAGCCAGGAAAGCUGCCAUUGCCAAAACUAUCCGGGAAGUCUGUAAAGUAGUUUCCGACGUACUGAAGGAAGUGGAAGUGCAGGAGCCCCGGUUCAUCAGCUCUCUCAACGAGAUGGACAAUCGCUACGAGGGCCUGGAGGUCAUCUCCCCUACCGAAUUUGAAGUGGUGCUUUAUCUUAACCAAAUGGGGGUGUUCAACUUCGUGGACGACGGCUCGCUGCCCGGCUGCGCGGUGCUGAAGUUGAGCGACGGGCGCAAGAGGAGCAUGUCCCUCUGGGUGGAAUUCAUUACCGCCUCCGGCUACCUCUCGGCGCGCAAAAUCCGGUCCAGGUUUCAGACGCUGGUGGCUCAGGCAGUAGACAAAUGUAGCUACAGGGAUGUGGUAAAGAUGGUGGCUGACACCAGCGAAGUGAAACUGAGAAUCCGAGAUAGGUACGUGGUGCAGAUUACCCCAGCUUUCAAAUGCACCGGGAUCUGGCCAAGGAGUGCUGCCCACUGGCCACUUCCCCACAUCCCCUGGCCAGGACCCAACCGGGUGGCAGAGGUCAAAGCGGAAGGGUUCAAUCUCUUGUCCAAGGAGUGCCACUCCCUGGCCGGCAAACAGAGCUCGGCAGAGAGCGACGCCUGGGUGCUGCAGUUCGCGGAAGCCGAGAACAGACUGCAGAUGGGGGGCUGCAGAAAGAAAUGCCUCUCCAUCCUUAAAACCUUGCGGGAUCGUCACCUUGAACUGCCGGGUCAGCCCCUGAACAAUUACCACAUGAAGACUUUGGUUUCCUACGAGUGUGAAAAGCAUCCCCGGGAAUCAGACUGGGACGAGUCUUGCCUCGGUGAUCGGCUAAACGGGAUUUUGCUGCAACUCAUCUCCUGCCUGCAGUGCCGGCGGUGUCCCCACUACUUCCUACCGAACUUAGAUCUGUUUCAAGGCAAACCUCACUCGGCUCUGGAAAACGCUGCCAAACAAACGUGGCGACUGGCAAGAGAGAUCCUGACCAACCCGAAAAGUUUGGAAAAACUUUAGAGGAUGAUCUAAUCAAGAGCCUAAGUGAUUACUCGUCUCUCUUAAGUCCUAAUUAAAUGAAAAAUUCCUGUUCAAUUCCUAUCUAAUAUUCCAUUCGCCAGUGCAAACACUCUCUUCCUUAAAAAGGAGUAAUACAAUGCUUAGGCAUCAUCU